AUGGCUGAGGAAAUUGACUACGAGUCGCUUCCGAUUAAUUCACCGCUUUCCCACCAGCUAGCGGCUGGCGCUUUUGCGGGGAUCAUGGAACACUCUAUCAUGUUUCCGAUUGACGCGAUAAAGACUCGAAUGCAAGCGUUAAGCGCAUCUCUGGGCUCAUCAGCGACAGCGACAAGAUUGUCGUCCAACAUGGUACAACAGAUUGCCAGUAUAUCGACCACAGAAGGCUCACUGGCGCUGUGGAAAGGUGUACAAUCUGUUAUUCUUGGUGCUGGACCUGCACAUGCAGUCUAUUUUGCCACUUACGAAAUGUGCAAGGGCUAUCUGAUCGACCCUCAGGAUUUCCAAACUCACCAACCGCUAAAGACUGCUGCUAGUGGGAUUGCAGCAACUGUGGCCGCAGAUUUCCUAAUGAACCCAUUCGACACCAUAAAACAGCGCAUGCAGCUUCAAUCGCCUUCGAAAAAAGGGAUGUGGUCUGUAGCAGCUUCGAUACGUCAAAACGAAGGUUUAGCCGCUUUUUACUAUUCUUAUCCAACAACGAUAGCCAUGAAUGUGCCCUUUGCAGCAUUCAACUUUGUCAUUUACGAGUCUUCCACGAAACUUUUCAACCCCACAAACACCUAUAACCCACUCAUACAUUGCUUGUGUGGUGGUAUGAGUGGUGCCGUAUGUGCCGCCAUCACCACCCCGCUUGAUUGCAUCAAAACAGUUUUACAGGUUUGUGGAAGUGAAAGCGUCGUGAAUCCGCUAUUCAAAAGGGCCGAUACUUUUUCAAGAGCCUCAAGAGCCAUUUAUCAAGUGUACGGCUGGUCCGGUUUUCUGAGGGGUAUAAAACCUCGUAUUAUCAGCAACAUGCCUGCCACCGCGAUAUCAUGGACUGCAUAUGAAUGCGCUAAGCAUUUUCUAUUCAAGGGAGACCAGCUUUUGUAA